AGUGCUCCAGUCAAACUGAGCCCCUCACUAAGCUGCCCUCCUCCUACUGUUCACUAUGUUUCAUUGCUUUCUCUCAGGCUCUAUCGACAUCUUCAAGACUCAACUCAAAUGUCACUCCCUCCUUGAAGCCUGUCCACAUAACCUUUAUAAGAAGUGAUCUUGGUCUUCUCAAGGUUUUUGUACUGCAUUUAUCACAAACGGCCCUAAAUUAGUCCCUCGUACUUAUCUUCCCUAUUAGAAUAAAGGAUUCUCGAAUGAAGACAAUUAGUUGAACGCUUCUGUAACACCCCUCUUUCCUAUUCUCUGGCAUGUAUAUGGAGCUUAUAACGAAUGAAUAAAUACUGAAUGAGCAUCAAACGAAAGAUGAGACUUCAAGUUCUAUUAUAUUUUGAACAAGAUGCCAACCAAGCCUCACCGAGAGUCCCGACUGUCUAUUUAAAAACAAAAAGAGCAUGGACCAAAGAGAAAUUCUGCAGAAGUUCCUGGAUGAAGCCCAAAACAAGAAAAUUAACAAAGAGGAGUUUGCCAGUGAAUUUCUGAAGCUGAAAAGACAAUCUACCAAGUACAAGGCAGACAAAACCUAUCCCACAGCCGUGGCUGAGAGGCCCAAGAAUAUAAAGAAAAACAGAUAUAAGGAUAUCUUGCCCUAUGAUCAUAGCCGAGUAGAGCUGUCCCUGAUAACUUCUGAUGAGGAUUCCAGUUACAUCAAUGCCAACUUCAUUAAGGGAGUUUAUGGACCCAAAGCUUACAUUGCCACCCAGGGACCUUUGCCUACAACUACCCUGGACUUCUGGAGGAUGAUUUGGGAAUACAGCGUCCUGAUCAUUGUGAUGGCAUGCAUGGAGUUCGAAAUGGGAAAGAAAAAGUGUGAGCGCUACUGGGCUGAGCCAGGCGAGUCGCAACUGCAACUUGGCCCUUUCUCCAUAUCCUGUGAAGCUGAAAAUGGGAAAUCUGAUUACAUAAUCAGGACUCUAAAGGUCAAGUUCAACAGUGAAACCCGAACUAUCUAUCAGUUUCAUUACAAGAAUUGGCCAGACCAUGACGUGCCUUCAUCUAUAGACCCUAUACUUGAGCUCAUCUGGGAUGUGCGUUGUUACCAAGAGGACGACAGUGUUCCCAUAUGCAUUCACUGCAGUGCCGGCUGUGGAAGGACUGGUGUUAUCUGUGCUAUUGAUUAUACGUGGAUGUUGCUAAAAGAUGGGAUAAUUCCUGAGAACUUCAGUGUUUUUAGUUUGAUCCAGGAAAUGCGAACACAGAGACCUUCAUUAGUUCAAACUCAGGAACAGUAUGAACUGGUCUACAAAGCUGUAGUAGAACUGUUUAAGAGACAGUUGGAUGUUAUCAUGGAUAAACAUUCUGGAGCAGAGAUUCAAGCAAAGUAUUCCGUUCCUGAGCAAAAUCCCAGUCUAGAAGCACACGCUUAUUCUCCUAAUUUACCAAGAAACAUAAAAGAAGCAAACAAGAUGAACCGAGAGGGCGAACAAAGGAUAAAGAUGAAAAAUGCAGAAACGUCUUCCUUUGACCUUAGGACUUCUGAAAUAAGUGAAAAGGAAGCGUUAGUUUUGCACCCUGCUAAACAGAACAGUUCUUUUGAGUUUUUGGAGCUAAAUUGUAGUUGUAACCAAAAUGCCAACAUAAGCACUGCGUGGGAGAAAAAGGCGUGCCCAGUAGUUGGUGGGCCACUCCAGAAGCAUCAAAGUUUGGACUUGAGCUCCGUUUUGUUUGGAUCAUGUCCAAAGUCUAAACCUGUAAAUGCAGCAGGAAGACUUUUCAAUUCGAAGGGGCCAAUAAUGCGGACCAAAUCAACUCCCUUUGAAUUGUUACAACAGACAGACACCAAGGAGUUGGACAGCAAGGAAGAUUUUUCUUAUUUGGAAACCCAACUGAACAAUUCUUAUCUUGAGCAGGCUCAAAACACGAUGCAUGUUUCCUCUGCAGAACUGAAUUAUUCACUGCCAUAUGACUCGAAGCAGCAAACGUGUAAUGCAUCUAAUGCAAAGCAGUGUGACUCUAGUGCUUUUAAUGUACAUUCUUACAUGUCUUUAGUAGAAGAUCCUUAUUUUCCACCGUCAUCUCCAAGUUGUGCUGGUUCUAAGAUGUCUCUUGAUUUACCAGAGAAACAAAAUGGAACUGUGUUACCUUGUUCUUUGUUGCCAACAUCCUCUAUAACCCCUCGUUACGAUUCACGUGAUUCUUUAUCACUGAAUCCUCCAAACAAUUUCCCCCCCACACUGAGCCAAGAGACAGCAGUAGUGGCAACUUCUCCAAGGAUAGAUGAUGAAAUCCCCCCUCCACUUCCUGAACGGACACCUGAAUCUUUUAUUGUGGUAGAGGAAGCUGGAGAAUUCCCACUGAGUGUUCCCGAAUCUUUAUCUUCAGCUGUGAGGGCAAAAAUUGGAACAUCCCUAGAAUGGAGCGGAACAUCUGAAUCAAACAAACCUGAUCACUCUAUAAGACUUAGGCCAACCAAGAGUGUCAAAAUCCGGAGUCUCAAAUCAGAUCUACAUCAAGAUCGCUCUUCUCCACCACCUCCGCUCCCAGAAAGGACCCGAGAAUCUUUCUUUCUAGCAGAUGAAGAUUGUAUGCAGGCUCAACCUAUAGAGACUUAUUCUACUAGCUGUCCUAACACCAUGGAAAAUACAACAUCUUCAAAACAGACAUUGAAGACUCCUGGAAAAUGUUUCACAAGGAGUAAGGUAUCUGUAAUUCUUCCUCACCAAACAAGCCUCCAGACUCUGCUCAGUCAAAUAACUCCAGCCCUUUAUUGAAUUUCGGUUUUGCAAAUCGUUUUUCAAAACCCAAAGGACCAAGGAAGCCACCAGCAACUUGGAAUAUUUAACACAACUUUGGACUAUAAGCUGCAAACGCAUCUGCAAAUGAAAUGACUAGAAUACCUACCGCUAGCUAAGAUAUGUGCUCUAUAUUCAUGGCAUCAACAAUGAAGAUGUGGUAAUGUGUUAAUAGCUUCUAAAAGAAAAGCAAUAUUUUUCGUAACAAACAAAAUCAACAAUAAAAGCUACAAUAUCUUUCAAAAAAAAAAAGCAAUAUGCAAAUAAGAGCCAGAAGUUUUAAAUUUAAUCUCAUUUACAGUGGAUUGGAAACUGCAAAAAAGAGUUUGUCAUUUGACCUUAUGUAGAAAAUGCUGUAUGAAAAAUUUUAGAAUGGACUAAUUUUCUAUUUUGAGGAGUUAUUUUUAUUCGACUUUGCUUUUCUACAUAAAUAUAAACUUUAAAAGAUUAGUAAGAAUUGGCUCUCAAUUAAAAGUCUACAUUGCCAGGAUUAACUAUAAAAAGUGUUUUAAAAAAUCUUAUUUGGUGGUUGCAGUACAAAAUCACUGCUUGUGAAAAUGAUUAUUCCCUGGGAGUUAUUUUUGCCUAAGUGGAGUAUACCUUGCAUAUAUUCCGAAAUGUUGUGGAAAACUAUAAAGUAGUUAUAUUUAAGAGACUAUAAUAUGUAAAUAAUUACUGUAAUCAUUUUUUUAUUUGUAUAUAACAAGAUGUUUGAUUACAUUCCUAAUAAGUGUUAAAGUCAUUCAAUUACCAAAUCUAGAAUAAUAAUAGCUAUCUUUUGGUAUCAUUUUCUUCACUUCAAAGUUUCUAUAUAAACACGUGCAACUUAUACCCCACGAAAAAUUUGUUCUACACGAAUAAGGAUCUACCAUAUUUUAAGACUAUCUGAUCUUUCAAAUCUAAUUUUAUGUAACAGAUUAGUGGGUAAUUAUUACAAAGGAUGCCUCCAAGUUCUCCUAAAAGUUUAUAACUUUUAGAAGUAUGAAGUACUUAAACAGCAUUUGUUCUCAGUAAUUUUCAUUAGGAAGCCAAAUGAAGAUGCAAAUUGGAUGAAAUAUUGUUUAUUGUAGUGCAAUGUACGCAAUAAAUGCUCAAUAAACUUUUUUUUUU